CUUGAGCAAGGAUCGGAUAAGAGUCAUUGCCUUGCUUCUGUUAAACUGAUCACUUUAUCCCUGCUGUUAAGAAGACUCAAGGAUUCGGUUUAACAUGGAAAACAUUUCGAACAACUCUGGGCUCCGUCCUAUGCUGAACCCACCGCCCCAGUGGGGGUUUUGGAUAUCUUUCUACAUUACUCCCGCCAUUGUUACACUGGGACUUAUCGGAAACAUGUUGUGCUUUAUCGUGAUGAAACGGAAGUCGCUACGACAGCGCUCCUACAGCCACUUCCUGUGCGCACUGGCCGUCUUCGACUCUCUGACCCUUGUUGGUCGACAAGUCGACCUUGUCAACAUGUAUUUGGACAAGUACACGGAAAUCGGAAAUAUGUUUUCCACAUUCUCCGACUUUGGCUGCAAAAUAUACUUCUUCUCUUUGAACAUUUGUUACCUCAUGUCAGCUUGGUUGAUUGUCUGCAUGUCCUUAGAAAGACUGCAAGCCGUCUGUUUUCCCUUUAAAAAGACUCCUCUGAAGACGCAGUCGGGUGCGGUGUCCAUUAUAUCCUGCCUCUUUCUGAUCCUUUCCCUAUCGCAAUUUUUUCGCUUUUCCUUCUUCGGCAGGAGCGGAUCAAGAUGUGGCGCGUAUGUGGAACACCGAGAAAUCUACUUGAAUUUGCACAUAUACGGAUACAUGUUUACGCUGAUGUUUGGCUUUCCUUUCUUUGUAGUCCUUAUUGGAAAUUUCUCAGUUCUGCUAAAAAUUCGACGAAUCCAGAAAGAUAUAUACGAAAGAAGCAAUGGAGGAAAAUCAAACAUGUGUCAGUCGCGAGCUGUCUUUCGAAAGCGUUCCUUCAAAACAACAGCAACACUGCUAACAAUAUCAUUUACAUACAUUGUAACAAUGCUUCCCUUGCUUAUAAUAUCUAUUAUUUUGUAUGCUGUUGUAGACAUGAACACAAUAGAAGGUAUCUAUUUGUACUUUCGUCUGAAACCCUACUCCGAAGUCAUUUCCACUUUUUCCUAUAUAAACUACAGCAUCAAUUUCUGCAUAUAUGUGUUGUCAGGAAAGUUAUUUAGAAAGGAAUUGAACAGGAUGUUCACGCAUUCAAGAUCUAGCAGCCAAACGACAGGAAUGGUGAUCAAAGCUUCAAGACAAGAGUUAAACCGAAUAAAAGAUGCAAUUAAAGUUGAACAAAGUGAGGAGAGGUUUCUGUGAAACUCAAUUUUCAUGUAAAAAAUGACGUAUGACUGAAUUUAAGGUUAUAUUCUUUGCUCUUCUCAUGUCAUCUAUUGCAAAUAGGUUAAUUGACAAUGGAUAACUAUGUGUUACAAAAAAAUCGAAACACAAUUUUUUUUUGUUUGUUGGUUUUUUGUAUUUUUUUGUGUGUGUAUUUUUUGUACACAUUCUGUUUUGUAAAUAAACAUAAUUAGAAUAGUCAGAAGGUAUUGUUUGUAGAAGUAACUUCCAGCUUUUGUUCCGCACUUAUACAAUGUAUCUUAAGGAAGCACGGGUUAAGCCAUUUGUUUUUAAUUAUAAAGACACUAGUGUACCUCAAAACUGUUAUUGUACAAACUUAAGUUACUUUUUCUAACACCUUUGCCUGUAAAAACGCUGUGAAUUGAUUUGGUACUGGAGUUUAAUACAUUUCAUUAAUGACAUAUUUAGAUUUUUAAUCGUGCAAUUUGUGAACAUAUGUAAACAGAAGUAAUGAGGAAUCAUUCUUUGGAUAUCAUCAGGUGAUCAUUAAGGGUAGGCUUGGUCAAAUCUGUCAUAAGUUCCGUUGGGUCCUAAUAGAUUUAAUUUGAUGGCCCCCCUUUUACCUCAUUAUACCCAAAAAUGAGUCCUUAUUUAUAGUUAACACUAUGUGUACGACUUAACGUUUUAUUGUUGUUAUGAUAUGUAGUACACAAAUAUUACAAUAAUACGUUGUAUAUUUUAGUAUAUAUUUAGUACAUAAUAUGUGUGUGGUUAUAUGCCUGCAAUGCACUAAAAGAUCGACACAUUAAAGGAAGUUUGAUGUCCAGAAAAUUGCCUAGCAUAUCUACCUAAAUAUUUAGAAUAUUCAUUCCUGUAAAAUUUAUAUUUCAGUUUUGGAAAAAGCUAGAUAUUUUAGAUUUUAAAAAAUACCAUCCUGUUUAUUUUUAAGGAAUUCCUCUUUUCUAUAAGAUAUAUCUAAUUCAAACAUGGUCAUGAAUUUCCGACCCUCUUUAAAUUUGCUUUAGAUUUGUUUUAUAUAUAGAGAAAGAUUUAUCAAUAUGAUACGAUGAAUUGAUGGUGUAACUUGUCUCAAUUUUACAUCAUUGCAUGUGGGGUUUUUUCAGCACAAUUCGUUUAUACUUUGUUUGAUAUUUGUAUAGCCAUGUUGUACAAUGGGAAACUGAAACAAAGCACAAAAUAAA